GAUCCGCUUUAGCCCUUAACAUCCGAUUCUGAUCACAAUUCACCAAUUUCCAUAGCAGAGGAAGAAGAAAUAGUUUACUCCAAUGGCGUCUGGAUGGGGAAUUACAGGGAACAAAGGGCGAUGUUAUGAUUUCUGGAUGGAUUUCAGUGAGUGUAUGUCUCGAUGCAGGGAGCCCAAGGACUGUGUCCUUCUUAGAGAAGACUACUUCGAGUGUCUUCAUCAUUCCAAAGAGUAUCAACGUAGGAACCGAAUCUACAAAGAGGAGCAGCGCCAAUUGAGAGCUGCUUCACAAAAGAAAAAGGAAGGUGUAGACGGUGGUGGUGGUGGUCAUCACUGACCUUUAUUCUUGAUCAAUCAUGGUUUUAUCAACCAAAAGACAUUGAAGUAAACUGUAUGUUGUUUUGAAUUUUUGAAAUAAAGAAUUAAAUCAGUUGCAUUUGAUGUGAGCUGCAUCAUUGAAAUGACUCAGUUCAGUUUCUUUCUCA